GGUAAAAUUCAAUUAAACUGCCAAUUAGCGAAGGGAAUAGGAUUCAUAAAUUUAUUUACACAAAAAAACUCAAAGAAUGUACAGAUAAAUAAAAUGACAUUAUAAAUCAAUAUCUAGGCACUAAAGUUUCUUAACUUUCAAGUGAAAAUUAUUAUUAUUAUUAUUUUUUUUACAAAAAGGAAUGAAGAAAAUCCCGUUUACUCUACAUGGAGUGUGUCUCUGAAAUCACAAAAGUUAUUUAUCUAGUUCUUGCAGUGAAGACUCUGUUGUACCAAAUAGAAUGGAGUAUCAUGUGAAAUAUAUCAUACUUGACAGGACUCUUAUGCCAAAGAAAAUGCUGCUGUACUUUUUUCACUCUCAUCUGCAUUUGAAGAUACCUCUUUUUUGGGAUGGAAACAAGUAUACUUUCAAAUUUGGAAUGUCCUUCUCCAAAACAAAAACAGCAAAUGAUUCCCAAUUCAAAACCUCGAAAAAAGGUGGCACAAAAUUGUCUGAUAUAAUAACCGGAACACAUUCGUAGAUGAUAGCUUCGACAACUCUUGGACUGUUGACUUCGUAUCCCUUUGGACAAAUACAAUAUUUGCUUCUUUUCAUGUACUGAAUGUAGUUCCUGUUUCCCUUCGACUUUGGCAGCAUACCGAAGAUUUUCAUGUCGGGAUCUUUAUUUUCCCAGUGCUGCAGCAGAAUUGGACGGACAUAAC